AUGACGAAAUUUAUCCAUGAACCUCGAGAAUUAAUCAAUAAAUAUAGAUUUACUGAACAUAGUCCAUUAGUAAUUCUAAGAGGAUUAAGCUUAACAAUCUUAUUAGCCAUAUUAUUCCUUUAUGGAAUUAUAUUAUUUUUUUUUGCUACCAAUGAUGUGUUUUUAAUGAAAUCUUUAAUCUCUACACCUUAUGUUCCCGUACCUGUUGUAAAGAUUUCCUCAAAAUACGAAUUUAGCAUGUCAUGCGAAAUUAAUUAUCUUGACCUUCGAGCACCGACUGAAGAAGAUAUAGCAAAUUGUAACAAAUAUAUCGUACCAACAGAAUGUAAAGAACUAGAUCCAAAUAACACGUUCAAUGGACGUUGCACGGGGUUAUUUUAUCCUCCAAUUCAAGAUCGCUUUAAUUAUAGUUUACCUGAUAAAAGAUAUGGAGUUUCUUUCCUAAUCACUAUAACUGAUGAAGCAUAUAAUGCUGCCGAUGAUAAUGGAAUGCAACUUAGAGCAUACGAUCAAUUAUUCGUUCCUACUCAAUUGCCCGACUCCGUUAGAAAAACGAUUAGUAGUUUAAAUCCACAUUUUAUGGAGAAUUUGGAAGAAAAAAAUUUUCAUGUUAUUGGUUAUCAACAGAUUCCAACAUUUUUCACAGUAUUAGGCGUACCGCCAGCGUACUUUCCACAACCUUUUAUUGAAUCAAGAUAUGAAUCGGUACAAGUUCCUGGAGUAGUAUCGGGAUUUACUCCGAAUACAUAUGGUAGUUUGUUCGUUGGUACUGUAGAUUGGACGGAAGAAAUUCAAUCUGAAGUUAGGAACUCUAAUGUCUCGAAUUCAAUCGCGUUAUUAGCCGCGUUUUACGGAUUACUUGUGAAGAUAUAUGUAUGCCUAUUUGGUCGGUCCGUUAUAGCACCAUGGGGAAUAUGUCAAAUGACAUGUUGUAGACGUAAAACAAAAAAUAAUUUACGAGAAAAGUUCCCAAAUGUAAUACCACUUGUUUCACGAUCAAAAUCAAAUCGUAAACCUAAAUUAUAUCAAAAGCGUUUAGAUGCGAUAGAAAAAUUUGCAAAAUUGUAUUUAGUCAAUAUAGCGGAUCAAGCUGGUCCUAAACUAAGACCUCUGGAUAUCGAAGAUGGGGAUCCUAAUAAGAAACCACCACAUAAAAAUAGACCGUUCUCUCCUUUAUCAAUACUUAAUUCAGCCCCCAUGUCAAGACCUAUUUCAAAAGUUUCUAAAAAUAAUCAGGAAAAUGAUGUCACAUCUGAUAUGCCUUCUGUAGCUGAAACUAAUGACCCGGCUAUUACUGAUAAUAUUCUUUCAAUAAAAGCAAAUCCCAGUAAACGUCCUUCAAGUAAAAGAUGGUCUACACUCCUACCAAAAUCCCCGAAUUCUCAAAAUGGAAAAUCUAAAAGUUUACCUAUUUCACAUUUCAAUGAAACAGGUGCACUAUCAAGAGAUGCUUUGGAUAAUGCACCAAAUGCUACAAGUAAAUUACCAACAGACUUGCAGGCUGGUUUCCCAUCAAAUGGUGCUUCAAACAAUACACCAAAUAUCACAAACAAUUUACCAAUCGGAUCACGAACGGGAGGUGCUCCAGACAGAACACCAAAUACUAAAUCGCAAGCUGGAACCCUAUCAGCAGGUGCUUCAGAAAAAGAUGUUCCGAACAGUACACCGAAUACUUCUAACAAUUUAUCACUUGAUACAAAUAUUUCUCUUUCACCAAAUAAUUUACCAAAAGCAAGAACACCAGCUUCUUCAAAUUCACAAAAACCUGGGGAAUCUAAACCUACAUUUAUUUUAUCACCGAUUGAUAUAAAUGAAGAUGAUGCAAAUAAAGGAAGACGAUCAUCUAAUGUUAAUUCAAAUUCACGUAAAUCUGUAGUAUCUGUUGAUGAAGAAGGCAAUGCACUUUCACCUGAGGAAGCUGUAAAUGUAAGACAUUCAGUUGUAUCUGUUGAUGAAGAAGUCAAUGCACUUUCACCUGAGGAAGCUGUAAAUGUAAGAAAUUCAGUCGUAUUUGUUGAUGAAGAAGGCAAUGCACUUUCACCUGAGGAAGCUGUAAAUGUAAGAAAUUCAGUCGUACAUGUUGAUGAAGAAGGCAAUGCACUUUCACCUGAGGAAGCUGUAAAU